AUGUGGUACAUUGAAGCUAUACAUGAGUUGGCCAUAACAAUUGGAAGUAGGCUAGGAGAGAGUAUGGGGUUCUGUAGUGAUUUGUUCAAGGGAUGGCAAUGCCAACUUAGAUUAAACAAAUACCAUUUCAGUCCUCAAACUGUAGGAUUAACUGGAGCUCUGAUGCACUCAGACGCUGGAUUUCCUACAGUAGUACAUGACGACGAAAUGAUUAAUGGUCUGAAAGCUGUGGACAACAAGUCUGGUGUGCUUUUCCCCAUUGAUCCAACGCCAGGAACCUUACUUGUCAAUGUUGGAGACCUUGGCAUGGCAUGGAGCAACGGUAGAUUUUGUAAUGUGAAUCAUAGGGUACAAUGCAACGAUGGAAAAAUACGAACAUCAAUGGCUUGCUUUGUGUUAGGACCAAAGGAGGGGAAAAUGGAAGCACCACUUGAACUGGUGGACACUGAACAUUCCCGUCUCUUUAUUCCUUUCACUUUUCGAGAAUAUAUGAGUCUCCGGAUCUCCACCAAAUUACCAACUAGUGAAGCUCUGCAGCUUUUGCAAACCGCUUCUUGA